GACUGUACCAUACGAUUUCCGGCUCGCCAGUUUAAAUUGUGAAUGUACGAUGUUUGAGAAAACAAAAAGUGGUGGUAUUACGUUUUCGUUUGAUACACCAGACACAGUGACGUCAGUUGAGUUCAGUCCUUUUGACCAGUCGUCUCAGCUGAUAGCUUACGGGGAUGGCAUGAGAGUUUCUGUUGGUAUUUGUCGAUUUGAAGUCGAGGAAGAAGACAAUGAUAUCGACGGUUUUGAGUUUGAGCAUCUGAGAGAUUUCCACCAUGGUACACGAGUGCAUUGCAUUGCAUGGAAUCCAGAGACAACACUGGAAAUGCUACCAAGACAAGUAAAGUUUUGUACAGCUGGUGCCGAUUCUCAACUUAGAAUUUUUUCGUCUGAUUUAAAAGAAACUGACAGUGUAAAGGUACUUGAAGGUCACACUGGAUAUAUAAAUGAUGUGAUAUUUGAACCGACGCAAGGUCAGCAAUUAGCUUCCGUUGGAGAUGACCACACAUGUAGGAUAUGGGAUUCAGAUGGACAACAAAGAGCGUGCUUUCCUCUCUACUCGCCGGGAAUGUCAGUUGGUUGGCACCCAGAUGAACCAGUCAAGCUGAUGGUUGCGGAAAAGAAAGGAACAAUACGUAUGUAUGACCUCACAACUCAGCAACCAAUCAUGUCCCUUGAUGCAGGUCAUGUGACAUUGCUGGCAGCUGACAUAUGUUACUGUGAUCCAGUCCGUAUUGGUGGUAUUGCCAAUGGCAACUGGAUGAUAUGGGAUUCUACAAGAUCAAGUUUACCGCAAGAAAGUCGACAAGCACAUAAUGAAGGUGGAAGACAUUUCAAGUGGUCACUUGUAAGUGAAAAUUUAUUUGCCACGACGGGACAAAACCAAGUCAAAGUAUUCCAUAUAGGACAUUCACAG